UGCAACCUCCACCUGCAGGGGUCAAGGGAUACUCCUGCCUCAGCCUCCUGAGUAACUGAGAUUAUAGGCAUAAGCCACCACACCUGGCUAAUUUUUGUAUUUUUUAGUAGAGAUGGGGUUUUGCCAUGUUGGCCAGGCUGGUCUACAGAACCCCUAACCUCAGGUGAUCUGCCUGCCUCGACCUCCAAAAGUGUUUGGAUUACAGGCGUGAGCCACUGUACCUGGCCUGUUAAUUUAUUUUUGUUUUAUUUUUUAUUUUUUUAGAUGGAAUCUCAUUCUGUUGCCCAGGCUGGAAUGCAGUGGCAUGAUCUCGGCUCGCUGCAAUCUCUGUCUCCCAGGUUGAAGUGAUUAUCCUGCCUUAGCCUCUCGAGUAGCUGAGAUUACAGGUGCAUGCCAACAUGCCUGUCUAAUUUUUAUAUUUUUAGUAGAGACGGGUUCUCACCAUGUUGACCAGGCUGAUAUGGAAUGCCUGACCUCAAGCGAUCUGCCUGCCUCGGCCUCUCAAAGUGCUGGGAUUACAGACAUGAGCCACCACGCCCGGCCUCUUUUGCAUUUAUUAAGACUUAUUUUAUGCCUCCAAAUAUAGUAUAUCUUGGUGGAUGUGCACUUGAAUGCCUAUUCUGCUGUUGUUGGAUAUUCCAUUCAUGUUGUUUAUGUGGAAUUGGUUAAUAGCAUUGUUCACGUCUUUUUUUUUUUUUUUGAGAUGGAGUCUUGCUCUGUCACCUAGUCUAGACUGCAGUGGCGCGAUCUCAGCUCACUGCAACUUCUGCCUCCUGGUGAGUUCAAGCAAUUCUUUGCUUCAGCCUCCCGAGUAGCUGGGAUUACAGGCGCCCACCACCACACCUGGCUAAUUUUUUGCAUUUUUAGUAGAGAUGGGGUUUCACCAUCUUGGCCAGGCUGGUCUUGAACUCCUGACCUCGUGAUCCACCUGCCUCAGCCUCCCAAAGUGCUGGGAUUACAGGCUUGAGCCACGGUGCCCGGCCUGUUCAAGUCUUCUAUACCUUUGCUGAGUCUCUGUAAAUUAUGACUGAUAACUGUUCUACAACGGUUGAGAGUGGUGUGUUGAAACCUCCAACUAUAAUUUUGUAUUUGUCUAUUUCUUCUUAAGUUCUGUUAUUGUUUUUCAUGUAUUUGAUGCUCUAUUUUUAUUUGCGUAUACAUUGAGGAUUAUAUUUUCUUUGUUGAUUGACCUCUUUGUCAUUAUGAUAGGUCCCUCUUCGUCUUUGGUAGUUUUUCUUGUUGUUGUUUUUGUUGUUGUUUUGAGACAGGGUCUGAAUCUGCUGCCCAGGUUGGAGUGCAGUGGUAUGAUCACAGCUCACUGCAGCCUUGACCUCCCAGGCUCAGGUGAUGCUCCCACCUCAGCCUCCUGAGUAACUGGGACCACAGGCACAUGCUACCACAUUUUGAUAAUCUUUUUAAAAUUUUUUGUAGAGAUAACAUCUCUCUGUGUUGCCCAGGCUGGUCUCAAACUCCUGGGCUCAAGCAAUCCUCCCUUUUCAGCCUCCCAAAGUGCUGAGAUUACAGGUGUCAACCACUGUACGGGCUAGUAUUUUUUGUUUUGAAACCUACUUUGUCUGAUAUUGAUGUAGCCAUUCCAACUUUUUAAAAUUUAGUUCUGUCAAGGUAUGUCUUUUCCCAUCUUUUUACUUUUUUUUUUUUUUUUUUUUGAGACGGAAUUUCGCUCUUGUUGCCUAGGCUGGAGUGCAAUGGUGCCAUCUUGGCUCACCGCAACCUCUGCCUCCAAGGUUCCAGUGAUUCUCCUGCCUCAGCCUCCCGAGUAGCUGGGAUUACAGGCAUGUGCCACCACACCUGGCUAAUUUUGUAUUUUUAGUAGAGACAGGGUUUCUCCAUGUUAGGCUGGUCUCCAACUCUUGACCUCAGGUGAUCCAACCCCCUUGGCCUCCCAAAGUGCUGGGAUUACAGGCGUGAGCCACUGUGCCUGGCGCAUCUUUUUACUUUUAACUUAUCUCUGUUUAUAUAUUUCAAUAGCUUUCUAAUAUUUACUAUAUAGUUGGGUUUUGCUUUUUUAUCCAUUCUAACAAUCUCUGCCUUUUACUUGUAAGCAUUUUUUUCAUUUAUAUUUAAUGUAAUUAUUGAUAUGAUUGGGUUUAAAUUAAUCUUGCUAUUGGUUUUUCAUUUGUUCCAUCUGUCUAUUGGUUUUUUUGUUUGUUUGUUUGUUUUUUGUAUUUGGAGACAGAUUUGCCCUCUGUCACCCAGGGCGGAGUGCAGUGGAGCUAUCACAGCACACUGCAGCCGGGCAUUAGUCCAUUUUUCUUUCUCCUUUUUUUUUUCUUUUGAGACAGGGCCUCCCUAUGUUGCCAAGGCUGGAUUCAAACUCCUGGGCUCAGGCGAUGCUCCUGCCUUGAUCUCCCAAAGUGUUGGGAUUACAGGCGUAAACCACCACAGUCAGUCAGUUUGUUUGUUUGUUUGUUUGUUUCACUUAGGUACAGAAUUCAAUGCCAACAGUUCUUUUCUUUCAAGACUUUAACCAUGUCACUCCACGGGGACGCUGUCUUGAGCCUUUGCUAAGCCUCAUCCUCCAGGACCACACGGCAGGCAGGCGCGACAGCCCUUAGGUCCACCCCCACCCCUUAAGCUCCCUCCUGGAGGAGACAGAGACCUGGGACAGCUCCAGGGCAGGCGAGUCCGAGGGAUGGGGGACGACGGGGCAGGGAGGAGUCCCCGACCUUUGGGAUCGUCCCAACCCUUGGACCCCCUCACCCUUGCGGACGUUGAGGAGUGUUUAAAUCUCCAAGAUGCGAGUCACCAGUACGAAGCCACAGCCAUUUCGCUGCUUGCUCGGUGCAAGUGCAGACGGUCCUCGUGGUUGAGCGCGGAGUCCAGCGCGUGGGCGGCGUUGGGCACCUUCGGCCGCGCCCUCCGCUCCACUACCGGUGAGCGGGGCCCGAGCCAGUCCCUAAAUCCACGCGGCUGCCGGCUCCAGGGCUGGUGCUGCCGACCGCUGCGCGCCGCUCCCGGGCUGUCGCAGUCUCCCGUUGCCGCCGUCAUGUCCCGGCAGCUGUCGCUGGCCCGGCCAGCCACGGUGCUGGGCGCCAUGGAGAUGGGGCGCCGCCUGGACGCGCCCACCAGCGCCGCAGUCACGCGCGCCUUCCUGGAGCGCGGCCACACCGAGAUAGACACGGCCUUCCUGUACAGCGACGGCCAGUCCGAGACCAUCCUGGGCGGCCUGGGGCUCGGGCUGGGCGGCAGAGACUGCAAAGUGAAAAUUGCUACCAAGGCCAAUCCAUGGAUUGGGAACUCCCUGAAGCCUGACAGUGUCCGGUCCCAGCUGGAGACGUCACUGAAGCGGCUGCAGUGUCCCCGAGUGGACCUCUUCUAUCUACAUGCACCUGACCACAGCACCCCGGUGGAAGAGACGCUGCGUGCCUGCCACCAGCUGCACCAGGAGGGCAAGUUUGUGGAGCUUGGCCUCUCCAACUAUGCUGCCUGGGAAGUGGCCGAGAUCUGUACCCUCUGCAAGAGCAACGGCUGGAUCCUGCCCACUGUGUACCAGGGCAUGUACAGCGCCACCACCCGGCAGGUGGAAACGGAGCUCUUCCCCUGCCUCAGGCACUUUGGACUGAGGUUCUAUGCCUACAACCCUCUGGCUGGAGGCCUGCUGACCGGCAAGUACAAGUAUGAGGACAAGCAUGGGAAACAGCCCAUGGGCCGCUUCUUUGGGACUCAAUGGGCAGAGAUCUACAGGAAUCGCUUCUGGAAGGAGCACCACUUCGAGGGCGUUGCCCUGGUGGAGAAGGCCUUGCAGGCUGCGUAUGGCGCCAGCACUCCCAGCAUGACCUCGGCCGCCCUCCGGUGGAUGUACCACCACUCACAGCUGCAGGGUGCCCACGGGGACGCGGUCAUCCUGGGCAUGUCCAGCCUGGAGCAGCUGGAGCAGAACUUGGCAGCGGCAGAGGAAGGGCCCCUGGAGCCGGCUGUCGUGGACGCCUUUAAUCAAGCCUGGCAUUUGUUUGCCCACGAAUGUCCCAACUACUUCAUCUAAGCUCAUCGUGGCUCAGGCUGCCCAAGGCUUUUCUGUCACCUCUUUUGCUCUCUUCUGCUUUGUCUAAUUUAGAACUGCCUCAGUAAAUUCUUAGGGAUGGAAGUAUUUGGACAAAAACCUAACAGUAGAGUCACUACCAAAUGACGAAUAAAACCUCCCAGGGUGCUGUGUGUUAGUCUGUUUGCAUUGCUAUCAAAGAAUACCUGAGACUGGGUCAUUUAUAAAGAGGAGAGUUUUCUUUGGCUCACAGUUCUGCAGUCUGUACAAGGGGGUGUGGUGCCGGCAUCUGCUCUUGGUGAGGGCCUCAGGAAGCUUACAAUCAUGGCAGAGGGGGAAGCGGAGCCAGGGCGUUACAUGGUGAGAGAGGGAGCAAGAGACAGACGGGAGGAAAUUCACACGCUGAUGGUGGGGAUGUAAAAUGGUACAACCACUUUGGAAAAUAGUUCGGCAGUUCCUCACAGGAUUAAACAUAAAAUUACCGUAGGAUUCAGCAGUUCCACUUGUGGGUAUACAGCCAAGAGAAAUGAAAACAUAUCUCCCCACAAAAAACUUGGGCAUGAGUUUUCACAAUAUCAUUACUCAUAAUAGCCAAUAAGUAAAAACAACCCAAAUGUCCAUGAAUGAAUGAAUGGAUAAACAAAACGUGGUAUAUUCAUACAACAGACUAUUAUUCAGCCACUAAAAAAAAAAAAAAGAGUGGCUCACACCUGUAAUCUCAGCACUUUGAGAGGCCAAGGCAGGAGGAUUGAUUGAAGACAGGAGUUCCAGACCAGUCUGGGAAACAAAGCGAGACCCUGUCGCUACUAAACAUAAAAACAAAAUUAGCGGGGCCCCGUGGCACACACCUAUAGUCCCAGCUGCUCGGGAAGCUGAGAUGGGCAGAUUGCUUGAGUCCAGGUAUUCAAGUCUGGAGUGAGCUAUGAUUGUGCCACUGUACUCCAGCCUGGGCGACAUAGCAAACCCUGUUUCCAAACAAACAAACAGAAGUACUGAAACACCUACAAUGUAAAUGCACCUUGAAGACAUGUUAAGUUAAAGAAGCCAAUUACAAAAGUUUCAUAUUGUAUGGUUUCGUUUAUAUGAAAUGUCCAGAAUAGGUAAAUCUAUUUGAGAGAAAGAAAGUAGAUGAGUGCUUGCCUAGGACUGGGAGGAGGUCUGCAAGGAAAUGGAGGUUCACUGCUAAUGAGUACAGGGUUUCUUUUGGGGGCGCUUAUGAAGAUGCUCUGAAAUUGAUUGUGAGGGUUGUACAACUCUGAAUACAUGAAACAGCAUUAAAUCAUCACUUUAAGUAGGUCAA